AUGCACUUCGCCGUUACAGCUGUGUUCGCUCUCUCCUCUCUGGGCGUCCUCACCUCCGCUGCCCCCGUCUCCAACCAGCAGAAUGGAGAUCUCGCCCGCCGCAAGGUGCCUUACAAAGUAGUCAACGUCGACGACAACACCACUCCCACCUCGACACCUUCAUCUCCCGACCCUGAGGCCACAGACACCGUGGUCCAGACCGUGACCGUGCCAGCCCAGGACUCAGCCCCGCAAGCCGUGACGGUCACCGUGACACCCACCCCAUCCCCAUCCCGCUCGCCUCUUUCUUCGCCUUCAUCUUCGUCGUCAGUGAUUCCCACUUCGACUCCACUGUACCGCAUCCUGCAUGAGCAGCCCGCCGCCUCUGGGCGCAGCAGCAGUAGCAGCGCCACGCCGAUCCCUACCAGCUCGUUGUUCUGGCGUCGUGACUGGGAUUGGGGCUACUCAUCUUCUUCCACUCCGUCUUCGAGUCUGACGGUGCCUGCCGUGUCUACUCCGCUCGAACGCCGCCAGUGGGAUUGGGGUUACUCUUCUUCUUCCACUCCUUCUCUCUCGGCGACCCCGUCUUCUUCGAGUCUGACGGUGCCUGCCGUGUCUACUCCGCUCGCUCGUCGUGACUGGGCUUCCUCUUCGAGCGUCUCUUCGAUCACCCCGAGCUCGGUGACUCCUAGCUCGACUCCGGUCUGGAGCACUCCAUUCAGCUACUAA